AUGUCUUCUAGAAGUCCGUUGAUACUAAGUACCGACUGGAAUAUUGCCUUGGGCAUUACGCCAUCAGCAUCUCUUUUCCUUCCAUCAGCAUCUCUUUUCAUUAUCAGCUACGUCGGCGCCUUUGGUUCUCGGCACGCCGUCGAGGUCCACGCUUGGACCAAGAUCAAACACCUUAAGCGGAAGAUCGUUUCAAUGGGGAUUUCUGAGCGGGUUUUCCAGCCUCGUUCAGUACGCCGUGCCGCCCGUGGAUCCCUCCUCACUGUGGCUAGAAACUCGGGAAGUGUUACGAAGAUGGUCGUCCACGAGGAGGGCUCCGUGCGCCAGGUCAAGGAGGAGGCGGCGAGGGACGCGGGCGUGAGCGCGAGCAAGGUGCAGUUCAUUGCAGGAGGCGCCGAGAUGCAGGACGACCGGAGGCUCAAGGACUAUGGCCUUACCGGCGACGCUGUGGUGUGGAUGGAGGUCGAGGGAGAGGAGGAGGGACGCGAAGGAGGGAGCCAGAGCAGCGAGGCCGGCUGCUGUAGCGUCUGCUCAGUUAUGUAAUGUCAUGCUGGGCGGUUUCUACUUCUGAAAAUAUUGGUUGCAGUGUGUAAGGAGCGCCUCCCGCCGACCUCGCGCAUCGCAGCCGAAGCGGAAAUGGUUCAACGGCGUCGCUGCGGGAGCUGAGGAGGCCGAGUUUUCUGUCCAUUUUUUGUCAUAGCUAUGUUGAUAGAAAGAAUAAGUUUAAGGAUGAUAAGAUGUCGUUUUUCGAGAACCAGUUUGCAUCAAAUUUGGUUCAAGAGAUUCCCAGUGUAUUAAUGAAUAAGCACAAUAGGAAUAUAUCAUUGUUAUCAUUAUGAUUAUUAUUACCACUGUUAUUGCCAUUGUUAUCAUUGUCAUUAUUAUUAUUGCUAUCUUUAUUAUUAUCGUUAUUAUGAUUGUAUUAUCAUUUACCAUUAUUAUUAUCAUAAUAGUCACCAUCAUAAUAUCAAAGAGAAUUUUAACAAUAAUGAUGUUGCACAGUAGUUUGGAAAUCAGUGAAUGAAUUGCCAUUUUAAUCACAUGACUCCUUAUACACGUAAAUAAACCACAACACCACAGGACGCUCUGUGCGUGUCAGGUUCCACUGUUAUUUCAUUCGUGUAUUCGCAUAUUUAAUUCAGGACAAAAUACAAAGAGUGCAGUUAUAUUUCAUUUGCUUAUCUGAUCCAUUAAAACAAAGACUAUUACUCAUUUUCAUUUUUUUAUAGCGUAUUUUCAUUGAACAUCAUGUAGCUUUGGCCAUAUGUUGCUCUCAUUGUUUAUUCUAGUGAAAAUAAAACGUUAUUUGCGUUGUAUUUGACAGUAAAGGAAACAAGGAAGUCACAUAUGAUACUCUUAUUGAUUUCGCCUUUAUUAUGUAAUGGUUAAUGGUCAAAACAAAUAAAUGUGCUAGACAUCAAAGGUCAUAUAGCACUAUGGUCAGGUAUUGUGGCGAAAAGGGUAAAAAUGAGUCAACGAUUAGGAUAACUGGACAGAAGAAGGAGAUGAAGAAGAGAAGGAGAGGGAAAGGGAGAGAAGAAAUGACGACGCAGGCGAGGGCUGAGGACCAAGGCAGGGCUGACCCGCUACAUCAGUCUUCGCCUCCUAAGCCCCCCCCACCUCCAUCGCCCACGUCAAGAACGGCCAAAGGAUAACCCCUUGUUUAAGCCGAGAAAGUAGAUGAAUAAAUAAAUAAAAAUGCA